CUGUUGUUUGUCGUCAUCUCUGUCCUGCUCUCAGACGCCCGAGUCUACCUGAUCCCCGUCUCCUGGCUGCUGUUCGGUGACGUCAGAGAACGGCUGAGGACGUGGCGACCGUGGUACCGCCCCGGCCCGGGCAUCGACUUAACAGUGAACUACAGCCGCAACGGUCCUGAACAUUUUUAA